UCAGGACUGUGACGUCUGGCGAAUGAUGCUAAAAUGAAAAGGUGCUGCGAGGGUGUCGGGCUGCCGUGCCUGUUUAAGGGCGUUGGUAUGGCCAGCCCUCGGCCUCCAAAAUACCUCCUCAUCUUUGACUUCGAUGAGACCAUCAUCAAUGAGAACAGCGAUGACUCCAUCAUCAGGGCUGCGCCAGGACAGGAACUUCCUGAGCAUAUCCGCCAAACCUUCCGUGACGGCUUCUACAAUGAAUACAUGCAGCGUGUCUUGGCCUACAUGGGGGACCAGGGAGUCAAGAUGGGAGACUUCAAGACUGUCUAUGAGAGCAUCCCCCUAUCCCCUGGCAUGUCUGAGCUCUUCCAGUUCCUCUCCAAGAACCAUGAGAUGUUCGAGAUCAUCCUCAUCUCUGAUGCCAACAUUUUUGGCAUCGAAUGUGCUCUGAGGGCAGCUGGUGUCUACUCCCUCUUCCGCAAAAUCUUUAGCAACCCGUCGGGCUUUGACAAGCGGGGUUAUUUUACUUUGGGGCCCUACCACAGUCACAAGUGCCUUGAGUGCCCAGCCAACAUGUGCAAGCGCAAAAUCCUAACGGAAUAUCUAUCCGAAAGAGCCCAGGAGGACGUGGAGUUUGAGAGGGUAUUUUACAUUGGUGAUGGUGCCAAUGACUUCUGCCCUUCUGUCGCUUUGACUUCCAGUGAUGUUGCUUUCCCACGGAAAAGCUACCCCAUGCACCAGAUGGCCCAAGAGAUGGAGAAGAAGCAACCUGGAGCCUUCCAGGCCACUAUUGUAGCCUGGGAAUCAGCAACAGAAGUUGCCCGCUAUCUCCAGGAAGUUCUCAAGAAAAAAUGUUGAGGAUGGCUGAAAAGGGACUCACUUGCCAUAAGCAGCUGGGAAAGGAGAAGUUCAGGGGUAGGUCCCCUACCUCGCACUCACCUGGCAGCACUUCUCACUCUGAAUCCCCUUCCAGGGUUUCU